GGACGUAUCUCUUGAUACUCGUUGACAUUGCCAACCAUAGUUCUGGUGGCUGCGAUGAGAGUAAGGUCGAAUUGGAAGUGCCAUGGGGUCGCCACGUGGGUAACGACACAAGACUUACAACAGUAUCACAACGGCCCGUAUAUCCUGCAUGUUCCCUGGUUGACACUGCAUUGGUCGUAUGCAGCGGCCGCCUUUUCGAUUACCUACUGCUAUUAAUGAUGUCAUCGGAUCGAAGUACCG